GGUAAUAUUGACAUAACAUUCAGUCCCCGCGGCUCAGUCAGCGGCUUCAUCAUUUAGUAAAUCCACCAUCAUGUAUUUUCAAUUUAAGAACACAGCCAAAGAGUUCCACAAAACCUGGGCUUGUGCAGUAAUCCCUGUGACUAUAGUGAGGUCUGGUGAACCCCAAACUAUGUGAAGAGGAUGGGAGCGCAGGGGUGGACUGACCAUUUGGAAACUCGGGCACUGCCCGAGGGCCCGGGGUCAGUAGGGGGCCCCAUGAGAUGCUCCUGGUACCUUUUUCAUGGCUUUUUUGAGUUUGGGCAAGGACACAGGGGCCCCAUGAUUCCCUAUUGCCCGGGGCCACAU